GUAGAAUCCACCGUCUCCAUCUUCGACACCCACCUCCCCCACCACCGUGGCGUCAAUAUGUUAUUGGCUCAGAGUGGGAAAAAGAAUGCACGCCGCGUCAAUGCUCGCGUUUUCUCGCUGCCGGCCAUUCCACCCUCCUCGCCCUGUUAUCGUCUCGCGCAACUUCGGGGCACGGGUUAAAGAGAUGGAGCUUCGAGGAAGCUUCCGCCUCUCCUUCCUCGCCGCCCCCUCCCUCCUUCCUCCUCCAUCCGCUUUGUUUAAUGUGUACCAGAAGUCGGAACAAAGUCAAAAGCUUGCUCCCCUCUGCUUUUCGCGGGGAUAUAUACAAUUGCACGCACGCAUCCAAACCAAAGCGGUGGUGGAGAGGUGUGGUGGCUUUCUGAAAAAGUGUAUCAGGAAUCGCGGCAUAUGGAGCACACAAGGCUUCCUCUCACCGACGAUCCUCCUCCUUCCUCCAUGGACGUCUUCGGUGACGACGACGACAACGACUCCUCCUCCGCUCCCUCAUGGCGUCUCCGCCUCACCGAGUUCCGCCUCCCUCCCCGCGACCCCCACGAGCCCCACUCUCGCUUCUCCUGCCGCCGCCUAUUCUCUGCUCCGAGGAAACAGCGCAAGCUAGCAGAAUAUUACAAGAAACAGGAAAGCCUCUUUGAAGGGUACAAUGAGAUGGAAUCCAUGACUGAGUCAGAGGGUUUUCCUGGAAGCCUCACUGAGGAUGAAAUGAAGCAGCUCGUAAAGAGUGAAAGAUUUGCAAUCCAUAUUUCGAACUUAGCAAAUAUUGUGCUUUUCAUAGCAAAGGUCUACGCUUCUGUUGAGAGCAGAUCACUGGCGGUUAUCGCAUCAACCUUGGAUUCUUUCUUAGAUCUACUAUCGGGUUUUAUUUUGUGGUUCACGGCAAAUUCAAUGAGGAACCCAAACCAUUAUCGUUACCCCAUUGGUAAGAGGCGGAUGCAACCAGUGGGUAUUAUUGUAUUUGCUUCAGUAAUGGCAACUCUUGGCUUGCAAAUACUGUUGGAGUCUUUUCGAGAUCUUCUCUCCAAGUCACACUCAAAGACUGAUCGUGGGAAGGAGAAGUGGAUAAUUGGGAUUAUGGUUUCUGUUACAGCGGUGAAGUUUGCCUUGAUGGUCUAUUGUCGAAGAUUCAAGAAUGAAAUUGUCAGAGCCUAUGCUCAAGAUCAUUUUUUUGAUGUUAUAACUAAUUCUGUCGGUCUGGUGGCGGUUGUCCUAUCUAUCCGCUACUAUUGGUGGAUAGAUCCAGUUGGAGCUAUAAUAAUAGCAUUAUAUACCAUAACCACGUGGGCAAGAACGGUGAUUGAGAAUGUACGGUCGCUUAUUGGAAGAACGGCCCCCCCUGAAUUUAUAGCAAAGUUAACAUAUCUCAUUUGGAACCACCAUGAAGAGAUCAAGCACAUUGACACGGUGAGAGCUUACACUUUUGGUUCACAUUACUUCGUGGAGGUGGACAUAGUGUUGCCUCAAGACAUGCUCUUGAACCAAGCCCACAAUAUCGGGGAAAAACUUCAGGAGAAGCUGGAGCAAUUGCCUGAAGUUGAGCGAGCUUUCGUCCAUAUUGAUUUUGAGUUUAGUCACAGGCCUGAGCACAAGAAUAAAGUAUGAGCUAGAUGAUCAUAGCUGACCAUUUAGAGGUAGACGACCAUAUCUGAGCGUUGGGAGGAGAAGCCCAUUCAAAAGCAUUUUAUACCGACUGACAUGUGCUGUAAGAUUAAUUUUUGGCUAAAAUAAUGUUAUUAUUAGUAGAGCUACUUUGGAAAAAAUGCGCCCCCUUUGAAUGGAAUUGUAAUAAUGAGGAGAAGAUCCUUUUCCCAGUGGACGAUGCCAUUUUUAAGUGAAAUGAAACCGCUAUGUUUGGUGGCC